AUGUUGCCGACGUAUCACAGGGGUGGGUGUCCCUGUUUCCCUUCUCUGAUCCCUCCCGCUACCUUCAUGUCUUUUAUGUCGAAUUUCUGUCACCGGCUGGCGCAUCUUUCUUUGAUGGAUUUGCAGUUCUCGCUAGCCCAGUUUUCUCUUCUUCUAUUUUCGCCACGCAAAGUUUACGAGUUCGCCAGUAUCCGGAAGAAACAGAAAAACUAUUACGCUCGAGAUGACCCAGGUUUUCUGCUGCUCCUCUUCUUCUUCUUCCUUGUCACUGGCGUUGUAUACGCUCUUGCCUUCUCUCACUCCGCUGUCGGCUUUCUAUUCACAUCCUUAGCUCCCCCUGUCUACUUGCUGCUUUCGGCUCUCAUUUUCCCUUUCUUACACUACGUUUUUCUUCGUUGUCGUCCCCGACCGUCUCAUUCGCGCUUACGUUCUAGCCACUCUUCGCGAUCACGCGAAGGACGGCAUUUGGCCCCGUCUUCAUCUGCAGGGCCCCGCCCUGAGUUGCUCUUUUGUUUCGAUGUUCACUGGAAUGCCUCGUUUCUGUAUCUUGUCUUUGGCCUCAUUCUCUAUCUCGUACUCCUCCCUCUCCUUCGUCUUCUUCCUCUGACCCUCGAAGUCUUGCUUGCAAAUUCCGUACAGGUUGUUGGACUUACUGCGUACUGUUACAUCACAGCUCUGGGAUACGCACGACUCGGGUUCUCAGACUCUUCACUUCCCUUCUUCCUGCCUGCUCUUCUUUUUCUCGUUGUCGCCACUGUGGCUACUGUCUUCUCCGUCAACCUCGGAGACAUUCUCGUCAGUUCUCUCCUCUAUUCUCAGAACCAAGUUGCCGGACCUGCCGUGCAGGUAAUUGGUGUCCAAGAGUCUACAGUUAGGGGGGCGAAUACCACGAUGGGGACGCCGCCAGGUGUCCCUGAGGUGUCAGUGCACCUGGAAUCAACGGCUGGCAAGUGA